UGUAUUCCUUGUCAUUCUAAAUUUCUAGCUCAAAUCAUACAUAACUAAAUUUUUGGAAUACUAAUUCAAAAUUUUACUGUUCCGAAAACCCCGAAAAUCCCAAAAACGGCCAGGUUAAAAUGUUUUACUGUCGAUCGCAUAGCGAUCGCAAGGAUCCCAAUGCAGAACGAGGAGUUAGCUCUUGUCAGUCCGCUAAGAAGCGAUGGGGUCUAAUGAACAUGGGCAUGAUCCAGGUCCUGGCCAGGAUGGUGAAUCAGUCAGCCGAUAGAGUGGGACAGUUCCUGCAUCAGCUUACCCUGCAGCUCUUCGCAAGGAUACUCUACCCAUUGAUGUCGGGUUGGAAUACCCGAAAGAUACCAUUUUCCCUGCCCUCUACCUGUGAUCUCUACUACAAUAUAUUCGAUGAUAAGGGCAAUAUUAGGAGUCCCAUACCCACAGGGACCUUGCUCAUACUCAUAAGUAUGAUGCAAUAUUUCCUAAACUUACCCAGACUAUGUGAGCGGAAAUGCAAAUGUAGGAAUACCGAUGAUAGUCUCAAGCAUAUACAUAAUGCCGGUUAUUGUCGGAAUGUUGUACCCUUCAGUGGUUGCUGGACCCCAAAAAGGGAAUCCCCUCCAGGUAGAGAUAUUUGGACUGGUCUCAACGAUUGGGUUAUCAUAAGACUCUGCUGGAUUGGAGAGUGGUCCAGAAAGCCUACUGUAAAUCCUUAUGCCAAUAUUUCAGGACCCUUGGCUUUACAAAGUGCCUGCAAGCAGGAGAUGCAAAGUCCUCUGUUAGCUUCCGAUUGCAAACCAAGGUCUCCAUUGGAAGGGAUGUCGCCGCAACAAGUUCAAUGCUAUUAUAUUGCCAACAUUUCAAAACUUUAUUCUGCUGUCGUAGAAGAUCAUCAUUCGCGGCAACUUUUGAGUGCGGUGAAGCCGCCAAAACCGAGGAUUAUACCUUGCCAGGAAAGACGAUCUGCCGGUGGUAUGAUGAUUCCCCAACCCUAUUUCAAUGGCUUUCCCUGGAGUAAGUUACAUCGCGAUUCACCGAAAAUUACUCAGUUCUUCAGUAAAAGGGCAAUAACUCCAUAUAGAGGUAAAAAUAUUAAGGAAGGUGAUCAAAAACUUGAAAAUAGGCCAACUGUUCAGGCCUUUCAACCCUUCAGGUCACAACAAAGACUUCACUUUACCAUUAAUAACUUUUCCAAAUCUACAGAAAUCUUCCACAAAGCAUUAGUUAUGCAAGAGAUAUAUCAGGAAGUGAUCAAUACAAUACAAUAUACAAUGUAAAUCAAGAAAGCCAGGUCAAGGAUCCAUUGGUUUAUUGGAAGAACAUGAUGAAGAUAGAUCAGUUGACAAGCGCACAUAAAAAAUGUAAUAUCUCAAACAUAUUUUACCCAUAA